ACCCGGGGCUCGGCUGCUGUGGCCUCGCCAUGUCGGCUUCCUCCUGCUCCUCCACGGCCGCGCUGCGGCCGGUCACUCACCUCAUCUUUGACAUGGACGGCCUGCUGCUGGAUACUGAACGUCUCUAUACAUUGGUGUUUGAAGAGAUAUGUGGGCGUUUUGGAAAGUCCUAUACCUGGGACGUAAAAUCGUUAGUCAUGGGUAAAAAAGCACUAGAAGGGGCACAGAUUAUUCGAGAUGUUCUAGAUCUUCCAAUAACCAAAGAGGAGUUAUUACAUGAAAGUAAAAUGAAGCAGGAGAAGAUAUUCCAUACAGCUGAAUUGAUGCCAGGGGUCAAUAAACUGAUCCAACAUUUACACAAACACAACAUACCCAUAGCUGUUGCCACUAGCUCAGCUGAAGUGACAUUUCAGAUGAAAACAUCCAGACAUAAAGACUUCUUCAAUCUUUUUCAUCAUAUUGUGCUGGGAGAUGACCCUGAGGUGAAGGGUGGCAAGCCACAGCCUGAUGCAUUUCUAGUCUGUGCAAAGAGAUUUCACCCUCCUGCACCUCCAGAGAAGUGUCUUGUGUUUGAAGAUUCACCACUUGGAGUCAAAGGAGCACUGGCAGCGGGAAUGCAAGUGGUUAUGAUUCCAGAUGAAAAUUUAAGUCCUAAUCUUAAAAAGGAGGCAACUCUGCUGCUGAAUUCCAUGGAGGACUUUAAACCAGAGCUUUUUGGUUUACCAGCAUAUGAUUAAUGCCUAAUAUCUGUGUACACAAGCUUGACUGGAGUUCAGGAGACUGAAAUUAAAUCUUGUUAAAGUUUUACAAUUGUUUUGCUUUGUCUCUCUUUCUUAAAUCUAGAGCACAGAAAUCCUGUUAACAUUGUGUCUUCCACAGUGGUAUGACUUUUGAAAACUGACUGAAAUAUUACAUAUUUUCUCUCAUUAUGUAUGUGAAGUUAAAACAGUGUUUCAUCUUAUGAAGUGAUCCAGCUUUGUUCUCUGUACAUCAUAAUGUUUUCUGGGAAUAUUAUGAAACUAUUUAGACAAUUUUAAUUACAUUAGAAACUUCUUGUACUGUUUCCAUUUGAAUGACUUACUGUUUAGCCUUUAACCAGAAAUCUGUUCUGGAUUGGCUUUCAUCACAUUACAUUGUUUUUGAUACAGCAUCACUAUAAACACGUCAUUCACCAUUUCCUCAUCCUUUGCUUGCCCGUCUAUUACGCUUUGUAUCCUCAUAAUUUUAUUUACUAUGUUUUUGUUACAUUUCCUGCGUGGUUUUUUUGUUGUUGUUUCUUUCUUUCUUUUUUUUUUUUUUUUUUGUUUGUGUUUGUUUGUUUGUUUGUUUUUUGUUAUUCCUGGGGGUUUGAUGUGGUGACUUGCAGAGGUCCAUUACAAUCUUCAUUCUGUCACUGACCUUUGGGUCAUGCCUGCUAUAGAGAUAUACAAGUUUUUAUCUUUCUGUUUAAUCAAACUACUUUUCAUCUUCCUCCUUAUAUUCUUCCUGUUUUCCAUGUUGCCAUGUAGUCUUCCCUUCCAUUUGUAUGAAAUGAAUCCAUUCUAUCUUUCUGUUUUAAUUUUGAUAAAAUUAUGGUUUUAGCUCUUACAUGUACAAGUAGCUUUCUCUAGGCCAUCUCAACUUUUUUGUUCUUUUUUUUUUUUUUUUUUGUGUCAUGUUUCUGGAGACAUUUUUAAGAUCUAUUUUUAAAUUGUAGAAAUUGUCAUUUUGAUUUCAAUAUUAAAAUUUAUUUUUCUGGCAAACAUAAUUUCUACAAAAUGAUUAUUUUGUCAUCUUUCCUUAUUAAUUCUAUCUGUUUCUGGUAUCUUGGCAAGACAAGAGUAAGGACCUCUUUAGAAAAUGCUAUACAUACAAACAAGUUUUAAUGGAAUCCAAAAAAUAUAUAUAUACUGUGGUGGAAGCAAUGCAUUUUCUUUAAUAAAGAAAUCUGUAGUGGAUGAGUUUAUAACUUUUAUAAAAUUAAACAAUUAAAAAGAAAAAGAAUCUAAUUGAUUUAUUCAAGGUAAGGUAUUCAAAAAUUCUGGUAAAAUACUCGUUUCUGUAAAAUUAACGAGUAUUAUGUGAACUCUUUUGUGGGUUUUUUUUUGUUUUGUUUAUUUGGUUGUUUGUUUAAUAUCAUCUAUUUAUCUAUUCUUACAGUUCUUUUUCUAGACAUUUUCUCAAUUACUGCUUUAGGUAGGAAGUUUUUUGGUGAGAACAAAAAUAAAAGAAUCAGAGAUGCUCCAGUGCUUUGUAUUCAAAUGGAGUUUCCUCAUGGUUUUUUGUUUGUUUGUUUGUUUGUUCGUUUUUUGUUUUUUGUUUCUUUUUCCCUUCAAGAUAUAUUUAAAUUAAAACAGAAUUACGUUUACAACUUCUACGUAGACCGAUACAGUUUUGUGCUGUUGCAGUCUUUUCAUGCCUCUAAGAAUUAAGAAAUCUGUCAAUAAAUUGCCAAUCAGCCAAUAAAAUAUGAUCUGAAUGGAACUAGAGAUCUUUAGAACAUACAGUAUAAUAUUUUGCAGUUUAAUGCUUUUAAUUGAAGGAUCUGGAAGCAUUUUUUUCAGGGAAAUAUAGCUUUUUUGUGUACUGCAUAAUUUCUUUAAGACCAUUGUUAUUUGCACAGUGACAAUAAACCAUUCCCUCCAAAAUGAAUUCAAUUUCUGGGCUUCUCAGCCAAGAUAAUAGAAAUAUAGCCAUAAAAUUCCUUCAUUAUCUUCUUUUAUGCAACACAAAGUGUUAAUGUUGAGCAGUAAUUCUGAACAUUCAAGUGUAAAAUAGAUGUCUGUUGGGGUCCUCUUUUUUCAUAAUUACUGAAUUCCAACAGGGAAGUUACUACAUAGAACAAACAAUAAUAAGCUGCAAUUAGUACACUAAUAGUUUUCAUAGUUUGGCAUUUAUUUAAUUUAACUGGAGAGAUUUAGAAAAAAAUAAAUCUGACGCGCACUUGAUUUACAGUUUACUUUGAAUGAACUGCCAUCAAAAUCUUGCAUUUUUUUAAAGAUGUUAAGAUUAAUAAUUGGUAUCAGAAUUAUUUCAUCAUGAUCACUGUGAAAUCCAUGAACCUGAGCUAUGUCUGAUAACAUAUUCCUUUUAGUAAAACUCUAUUCUAUGUACCUUACUGCUUGCUGCUGACCAACUUCUCACUCCUCUGCUGAAUCCAUUGACAGUUAUUAAAGUUUCUGUGUUGCCAUUAGUUUUUCUCCUGACUAAAAGAAAAAUCAAAAGUGUACAUAAAAUUCUUUUUUUUUUUCAGGCCUAGUAAAAGCAAAAAUCUUGUCACUUCCAUCAUAUGAUAGGUAGAUAUUCGUGGCAGCCAUAGAUGACUGUAGUCUGCCUAAUGAACCAUCUACCAAAUAUCAACAUAUGUUUGUAUAUAUUUCUUUAUCCAUUUUUGGUUGGGUUUGUGGCUCUGUAGCUCAAUCAUCUCAACAACAUCUGUUCAGGAAAAAAAUAAUAAAGAAAAAAGAUUAAAAAGUUG